CAGUCCAGUCAGUCAGUCAGUCACUUCGGAACAGCUGACGGGGUUGGGAGUGUUUCCGCGUUCGUUCAUUUCGCCGUUCGCUCGUUCUCCAGCCAACAGCAGAAAGUAUCCUCCUCCGCGCUGGGGCAACUGAUGGUUGAGGAAGUGUAAGUGGACUAGCACCGUACAAUAUAUACAUCGGAACGGGACGGCUUAAAACGUUUGCUGCUGGUGCCCGAGCGAGAAGGGCUGUGAAUAUUUGGCAGAUUAUUGUGCUGCUAGCGCCGAGUAGGCUUGUAAAAUAAAGCGAUGAAGAACGUGAUUGAUUAGCGGCCGCGAUCACCAGAGAAAAGUUUGACCUUUCGACGGGGUUUUCUUUUUUGGCAGAUUGCACGGCAGGGUCAUAGAAUAUUGGUAAUUUCGCGAGGAAACUACUGACAGUUCUUUCGGUGAGGUGUGUGCGUGUUUGGCCCUGUCGCGGAGAUAUGUGUCGCCGAGGUGAAAAUCGUGCCAGUUUGCCAGUGCGGUAGAAAGGGAAAGAAUUAUUUUCUCGAUACAAGAGUAGGAUUUUUUUCUCCUACUCGGAUGGACUACACUGGCAGCAAAGCCGAGAAGAGUAGUAGAGAAACAGAAAGAUCUCACCGACCGCCGUGGCGCCGUCGACGGGAGUUUGCCGAAAAAGUGGCCAACGAGUGUAUGGGUGUUCUGUUUGCUGUGAAAUUGUGAGCAGUAAAAGGUGCAAUAAUAAAUCGGCUGUCCAGUGGAAAAUAUCAAACCAUUUAAAAUUGGCACUGAUUUGAGAGCUUCAAGCGAUUGCUGCGGGUGAAUGGAAGGGUGUCAGUGUUACGGUAUUUUUCAUUCCGAACAGUCUUCCCCCGUUAGCCUACUAUACCUGUGCACAGUGUGCUGCCGUGUAGUGAACGGUGAGGUACGCACACAAUCGCGGAAGCUGCCAUCGUUUGACGUUCCGCUUUGAUAGAUGGUUCGUGUUUGCGAACCUAUAAAGGGUUUUAUAACGAAAAUAUUUUGUGGGAUCGUAGCUUAGGAAAGUGUUUUGGAUAUUUUUCGUGGUUUGUGUGUGCGUUUCGCGGGAGGAGUGAAAUAAUGUUCAAUCCAAAACAAUUACUGAAAUUGUAACAGCAGCAGCAGCAGCCACCGGAAGAAGAUAGUCGCGAAGAGUGAAGCGAAGGCAAAAUUAACGAAUUAUAAUACCGAUACACAAAGGCAGAAAAAUAGUGAAGAGGAAGAGCCGAGGAUAAUCGACGACGGUUCGACCGACCGACCGAGCAGGUCGAUGAUGGUGGUGUGUGUACAUUAUUUACUUAACCGAUAUCGUGGCGUGGUGCGUUCGUGUUAAAUGUUUUUUUUAGUUUAUGUUCCAUUCUCCGUCAGUGCAUCAUUGUUAUUUACGAUUGUGGUGAAGCAAGUGAAUUUAGAGCUGCUCUAGCGGAGUCGUGUGCUCCAUUGUUUAUGAAUCGUGGCUGUGCUGGAUGCUGAGGGUGUCUAGAACGGGAGCUGUUCAAUGAAAAGGUAUGGACGAGGUCAGGUUGGUACAGCUCACCGUGCUGUGAAUAGAUGUUUAUUUACUGCCGUUAUUACUGCUACUAAUACCAGCACAAGAGAGUAUGAUGAUGAUGAUGAUGAUGAUGCUGGCGGUGAUCUCGCGAUAUUUAUAAAUUAAAGCCGGUCGGGCUCGGAGAACUGGAGAAGUCGGUCGAGCAAAAGAACGUAUCAAACGUGUGUACAAUUUACGCUCGCUCGUAGGCAGAAUAUUUAUUUAAUCGCGAAGAAGCAGCAACGGGUGAAGUAAACAAAAAAAACUGUGAAAAAUUUGUUGUUGAUAAUUGAGUUUGGUUUCAAGGGGAACAAAUGCGGGCCGGUGGAAAUUUCCUAACUCUGGACCGGGUACAUUUAUAUGUUUUAGUUAGAGAAGACCUGAAGUAAUGUAAUUACUAUUCCUGAACCAUGUCUCAGUAAUCCACUGUAUGGAGUGUUUGUGGCGUAUCUUUGACACGACGAAGAUAAAAUAUUCGAUUUGAUCAUCAUGCUAAAUUUUAUUCGCGUUACUCCAGCCGGAUUUCGUCAUUGUUUGCUUUGACGACUGCGAUUUUUUCGAGCGCACUGAGAAUUGUUCAACGUUUCGUUGAUAACGAGUGAAGCUAGGCGGCUUAUCUGUUUUUUUUUCUGCUGGCAGCCAAGGUAAACAAACCGACCGAGUGAGCUGUUUCUUCUCCUCCGAUCCCUCCUGACGCUUCCAAGAAUAAACGGACGAUGAGCAAUGAGCCGUUUCAGCGUUGCUGAGUUGCCCGUUUAAUGGCAAUUUGUGAGAGUAGUACACCUUGGCAGUGUAUUUGAAUGUAGCCACCACGUUUCGGGUGGACUGUUUUGUACGGGUAUGCUGAUUAUGAUUGCCGAUUUUUUUUCGUUGAAUUCGCUCAAGUAGAACCCGUCAUGUAACCACGAUGCACUGAACCUGUGCCAACUGAGACCGCCUCGAUAGGAUACCCGGUAGCGAAUAAAUUCUCAUCAACAACUCAGAUACAAAAAAGCUGUUGAAAGCAACAAAUGAAAUUAAUAAUAAUCACACACGCACACAAAAUUACUCAAUCCCUACUACUCGGAACAGGUACUGUAUACUCUCCAGUGAAAUUAAGUACGAAAAGUGAUUUAGUUUAAGCUAUAAAUACAGCGGACAAACCUGCGAGUCACGUGUGUGUGUGCGUGCGAGUAAUCAAUGAUCCGCUGGCUACUCGCAGCUCGCGCCAGUCGACACACGAACCGUUUCCCCAAAUGAAGUCCGAAGCAGCUGCAACUGGUUGCACUCAGCCCUCAAUUCUGGAAUCGGACGUUAGAUGGACAGAUAGUGGGAAGAUUUCAAACUCCGGCGGGGGUGGUGGCACUAGCUACGAUCCUUACCGACGAAAAAGUGCCAAAUUCAACGACCUUCGGGAACCACCAGGCCCAGCUGAGGCCAGGUCCUACACCACCACCACAACGAUGACGACGACACCAUUCCAGUCAUGCACAGUGCACAGUCGUCGAGUGCUGCACGGGGUGUCGUGCGCCUCCCCGAUGAUCACAACAGCCAGCAGGCCUUCCCCCGCUUUCCGGUGGCACCGAUUUCAGCCGAUAGUGUUACUGUACAUAGUCGUAGCGGUAGUGUUAGUAGAUGCAAUUUCCGUGGUACACUGUGAUGCAGAUAUUAGUGGUAAGAGCGGCAGCAGCAGCAGCAGCAGCAGUAGUAGUAGUAGUACUAGGCAAAUUAGUUCCAAUAGUGUGGAUCCGCCGGCGGGCGGCGGUGUGAGUGGGAGCGUGACCAAGGAUCACUACGAAGGCAGCGGACACUACACACAUCACUGGGCUGUGCACAUUCCGAACGGGGACGAGCGGCUCGUGGAGCAGGUGGCCGAGGAGCACGGGUUCGUCAAUCUGGGAAAGAUUCUCGACGACUACUAUCACUUCGAGCACCGGCACGUGCAGAAACGAUCGGUGAACCCUUCGGCACAUCACCAACGCCGUCUGGAUGGGGACGAUCGGGUUCGAUGGGCGAAACAGCAACGGGCGAAAAGCCGCUCGAAGCGGGACUUUCGGCCACUGAAGGCUUCCUACCUGAUACAGCUCAACGAUCCCAAGUGGCCCGAAAUGUGGUACCUGAACCGAGGAAAUGGCCUGGACAUGAAUGUGAUACCUGCGUGGAAGGAGGGCGUGACGGGGAAGGGUGUGGUGGUGACUAUCCUGGACGAUGGUUUGGAGUCGGACCAUCCCGAUCUGGAGCAUAAUUAUGACCCCAAAGCGUCGUACGACGUCAACGGCAACGAUGGUGACCCGAUGCCCCACUACGAUCUGACGGACUCGAAUCGGCACGGGACUCGCUGUGCCGGUGAGGUUGCCGCCACGGCCAACAACUCAAAGUGUGCGGUAGGCAUAGCAUACGGGGCCCGGGUCGGUGGUGUUCGGAUGCUGGACGGUGACGUGACGGACGUGGUGGAGGCUAAAUCACUGGGGCUCAACUCCCAGCACAUCGACAUCUACAGUGCCUCCUGGGGUCCGGAUGACGAUGGGAAAACGGUCGACGGUCCGGGCGAUAUGGCAACGCGGGCUUUUAUCGAGGGUGUCCGGAAGGGACGAGCCGGCAAGGGUUCGAUCUUUAUCUGGGCCUCCGGGAACGGUGGCAGGGAGCACGAUAAUUGUAACUGUGAUGGGUAUACGAACUCCAUUUGGACGCUGUCGAUUUCGAGUGCAUCCCAGGAGGGAUUAGUGCCUUGGUUUUCGGAAAUGUGCAGCUCAACUCUGGCCACCACAUACAGCAGUGGAAAUACAAACGAGAAACAGGUGAUCACCACGGAUUUGCACCAUUCCUGUACGACCUCGCACACGGGAACAUCCGCCUCCGCUCCGCUAGCGGCCGGAAUAGCUGCUCUGGUACUGGAAGCGAAUCGAAAUCUAACGUGGCGUGAUAUGCAACAUAUAGUUGUUCGCACGGCAAAGCCUGGAAAUCUGAAAGAUCCCACAUGGUCAAAAAACGGCGUUGGUCGACCGGUAUCUCACUCGUUCGGUUACGGAUUGAUGGAUGCCGCUGCCAUGGUGAAGCUAGCACGUACCUGGAAAACCGUACCGGAACAGCAAGUCUGCGAAAUAAACGCACCCCAUCUGGACAAGCAAAUUCCACCUCGAACGAAAGUCACCCUCCAGCUGACUGUGGAACACUGCAUGGGAGUCAACUAUCUGGAACAUGUGCAGGCAAAAAUUACUCUUACCUCCCAGCGAAGGGGUGAUAUUCAAAUCUUCCUAACGUCACCAUCUGGCACCCGUGUCACGCUGCUAACACCCAGAUCUCACGAUUUAUCCCGUUCCGGUUUCAAUCAGUGGCCGUUCAUGUCGGUGCACACUUGGGGCGAGGCACCGCACGGGACCUGGCAGCUAGAGAUCCACAACGAAGGGCGUUUAUUAGCACAAAUAACGCAAUGGAAUCUAAUAUUCUACGGCACGGAAACACCCGGCCAGCCGAACGAUCCGGUUCGCCUGGGGAAACCUGGAUUCAGUGAUAGCAACUACGGCGGUGAAAUCGAGCACAAUUCGCUGGAGUUCGACAACGGCAUCAGCAGUGACCAGUGGCGAAAUAUGCAACAGAUCGGCGAGAGCCACGUGGACGUCCAGCGAACCGCUUCCAACGAUGUCACGAGUGUGGCCUGCGUCAGCUACUCGCUAGCGCGCUGCAUAGAGUGCGGUGCAGCGUCGUACUUUUACAAUGGCCGUUGCUAUUCGUCCUGUCCGGCCAGCACUUUCCCAUCAAACUACCCGACAGACCGGGAAAGUGCAAUUGUUGAACAGAAUCCACUGCCGAUAGGUUCCCUACGACGACGACGACGACGACGACUACGAUGGAGGCCAGAGUCUAUAGCUGCCGCUACCCGACUGACCAAUGGGAGUGUCAAUAAUUUCAACAAUUUAGACGACAGUCUGCUGGCGGCACAACCACAAGAACGUGACACUCAGUCGCAAUCGCAACCCCAACCGCGAUGCAUCCCGUGCCAUCCUACAUGCCUGAAAUGCAUCGGUCCAGAGGAUUACCACUGCACCGAGUGUCAGUCAGGAUUUGCUUUCACCGAUGCAAACGUUUCUCCCAACCACGCCCAGCAACGGUGCGUCUCCAUCAACACAAAACAUAAGCCGGCAGCUUCUGGCCUGAGCGGAACAAAUAAAUCCCACCCUAAUGCCACAUCGUCCGCCCCGGACCAACAGCAGCACGAUAAGAGCUGGCUGUUCACCGACUACCUCAUUAUGAUAACUGUCGUUGGCGUGACACUGCUCGUGGCCUUUGUGGUCAUCUAUCUGCUGUGGAUGCGAUGUUUCCGGGGGGUGCUACUGGCGAACCCUGGCAGCAGUUUGGCAGCCGGUAUCAGCGGUGACUAUCAGUACAAUCGGGUGCAAACCUCGGAAGCUGAGGCUGGCCUCCUGGAGCCAUCCUAUGCGCAACUGGUACGGGACGAGAUCGAGGAGAUUCUGGCCGAAAGCUCCAGUGACGACGAUUCGGGUGCUGUAUUCAUGCCGAGCGGAAUCAUUGCCCCGAUGGAGAGAUGAUUGUGAGAUUUCUACCUGAACACUGAUUUGCAUACCGUACCGUUAUUUCCUUGUUUUACGUGCUAUAGAGGUAAGUUAGAGGUGUUUUUAAUUUUUUUCAACAGAACGGGCAGCCGAGCACAAAAUAGUCAGCGCAGAAAUCAGAUGAUAAGUAUAUAGUAAAUAUAGCUUUAUAAUGCUGCGAUCCAGAACAAGUUUCUUUUUAGCAAACACUUAUCGAACAAUUGUAUACACGUAAGCAAUAAAAUGAUUUAGUGACAUUUUAGUGAA